AUACUCACGGGCAGUGACACACCGUCUCCGGACAGUUGGGUGGAUAGCGCAGGCAGUUGCUUUGGCACCACUCCUCCAUGCCGAUGAAGCUGCGACUCAACGUCCCAGGUGAGAUGGUGAUGGUCCGAGCGUUGUUCGGGGUCUUGUGCCUCGUCACACAGGUGUUUGGGGGUUCCGGAGUCACAGAAGACACCUCCCCAGUGCACGUGGGCGAUCACUGUGAUCAUCACACGACCACAACCAGCCAGUUUGAGGAGUACUUUGACAUCGAUCGGAUCGGCAACAACCGCUCCGAGCAGAACGUAAUCGACCUGACGCUGUACGUGGAGGUGCGCAACAUGCAGGAGGAACUCGCGAUCCUUCUCUCAGCUAGCAACCGAUCACGGCAACACCCAGACUACGGACGGACGUACGAGAUACGCAUCAGCAACGUGUACACCGUCAUCUACAAGGAGACACUGCGCAUGUCGGCACAUCACAGCCACAAUUUUAACUUCUUCCCGGGUGAGCAGUUCCGGCUGCGCAUUCAGAUCACACGAACCGGUCAUAUCACCGUCUCGGUGCCAGGUCUCCAGAAGUCCCUCAUCCUCACUGUCCACGAUGAACGGCCACCGAUUGAGGUGUCGUAUAUCAGCUUUGGUUCGCGCAUGAACGCCUACCCGGUGACGUUCUACUUCAACUGUGGUAGUGGAGGUAGCCUGCGGCCUCUACCAGGUCCGGUCAUCUCUAGCGGGGUUCUAGACUCUCAAGAGGAGCAUGGCGCGCUACCAGGAGCUUCCCCGAGCCAGGGUGCUGACGAAGGAUCAUCCCGACCGUCGAACGAGGAUGAUCACGAUGACCCGGAGGAAGAUGGAGGUGGACGACGUUCGGAAUCGGUUGGGUCACAAGAUGGCGAACCUGCCCGAUGUCCUGUGUGUCCUAAGCCCGAGAAGUGUGAGGUCAUCGUUAAGGCGUGCUCCGACACCUCCAAGGAUCUACUGAUGCAAGCGUCCGGGACGGACAGCGAGAAACAGAAGUACUUCUUCUACUUCAACGUCUACCUGAGCAGUAAGGGCGAGAAGGCACCCAAGGGGACGGGCACGGAUUCUGCGAAUCAGAUCGCCUAAAUGGCCAUCUGGAGGAUUUCUUGAGGACACCGACGCAUACAUAUCGGGAGCCCGGGAUUGGGCAGGAAUUUCGCACACGCUGGCACGCACACGACUGCUUCCGGGAAGGAGGAAACCCGAAGGGAAGCGGGAAGCACUUUUAACUAUCUCGUUUUUAACAAUCUUUAGCUGCAACUUGAUACAGCCCACGGCAGUACGUUUGAUCGCUGGUAGAUCCACCCUAGCGCGGGUUUUCUAGGUUAACUCUUCAAUAAACAUCUUCAAUAAACCUUCGAAGCAUUUGCAGA